UGGGUAAAAAGUAGUGGUUCAUUCAAUGUACAAUUUGAUAUGAACUGUCCAAUGUACGCAAUGUGUGACGUAAACGAUGUGAGUUGAGUGAGCCACAGAACGGUUGGGCAUCGCAGCGCGCAGCGGCAUCGAUCGGGUGCGCGCGCACCACCGCCAUCCCAGCUCUGGCACAGUAGCACAUCCAUUCGAAUAGCAAAUUCGAUGGAAAUGAAACUAAAUAGUGCCUAGUGAUCCUCAUCAAGAAUAAACACUCGUGGACAUUGGACAUUCGGUUAGGAUAUCAGAGAGACAUGUCGCCUCAUCUGCGAUGGCGCCGCGAGGCAGAGGUGCCGAAGGAGGCGAACAUCACCACCACUAUACUGCCUCCAGGUACGUCAAAUUCCAACUCGACGUUACCACCGGCAUUAUCGACGGAGCCAGGGCCACCAUCAUCAACUACCACCCAGGAAAGUUUUGUUGAGAAAACUGAAGAUUUAGCUCGAAAAAUGAACAUGGAACCAUGGCAGCUCGUAGCUAUUCUUGUGGGUGUAGGAGUGGUUGUCCUGGGAAUAUGCUUCUGCUGCAUACGGCGGUGUUUCCGCAAGAGACGAUCCAAGGAUGGCAAAAAGGGGAUGAAAGGAGUCGACUUCAAGUCCGUCCAGUUGCUCGGUUCAGCAUAUAAGGAAAAGGUGCAGCCGGACAUGGAGGAGCUAACGGAGAAUGCUGAGGAACCUGACGAUGGAGAGGAAAAGAAAGAGGAACAAAAACUUGGCAAACUCCAAUAUAAGUUGGAGUAUGACUUUAACAGCAACAGCUUGUCAGUGACGGUGAUCCAAGCGGAAGAAUUACCUGCUCUUGAUAUGGGCGGAACAUCAGAUCCUUAUGUGAAAGUCUACCUUUUGCCUGAUAAGAAGAAGAAGUUCGAAACAAAAGUCCAUCGAAAAACGCUCAGUCCAGUAUUCAACGAAACCUUCGUUUUUAAGAACGUGCCAUAUGCGGAUGCCAUGAACAAAACGCUCGUGUUUGCGAUCUUCGACUUCGAUCGUUUCUCAAAGCAUGACCAAAUCGGUGAGGUGAAGGUACCUCUCUGCCAGGUGGACCUCGCCCAGACUAUCGAGGAAUGGCGUGAGCUGCAAAGCGUGGAAGGCGAGGGUGGUCAGGACAACAAGUUGGGAGACAUAUGUUUCUCGUUACGUUAUGUACCAACAGCUGGAAAACUGACCGUCGUUAUCCUCGAGGCUAAGAACCUUAAGAAAAUGGACGUUGGUGGCCUCUCAGAUCCGUACGUAAAGAUAGCUCUUAUGCAAAACGGCAAACGCCUUAAGAAGAAGAAAACGAGCAUCAAGAAGUGUACAUUGAAUCCUUAUUACAACGAGUCAUUUACUUUUGAAGUACCAUUCGAGCAAAUACAGAAAGUAAACCUAGUGGUAACUGUGGUUGACUACGAUCGUAUCGGCACUUCUGAGCCCAUCGGGAAGGUGGUGCUCGGCUACAACGCGUCGGGAACUGAACUGCGUCAUUGGUCGGACAUGCUGGCCAGCCCGCGACGUCCGAUUGCGCAGUGGCACACUCUCAAAGACCCCGAAGACGGAGAGAAGAAAGAUUAAGCGGAUUCAAGGCCGAUAACCCUAGCAGCUUGUCGGAGCAAAACGAAUAAAGAACGUGAAUGGCGCGGGCGAUGUGGAUUAGAAUAUUCGACAUUUAUUUUAGUAUUUCCAAUUUGAACCAAAUUGCAAUAAUACCUGUACGCCAUCAUUUCCUUGAAUUUUUCUCGUUUUUCAAUAUGAUUAGGUUGUCGCAAAAAAAGCCUUUUAAAAUGGUAGACAUACCUAAUAUUUUGUGAUAAAUAAGCUAUGACAAAACAGGAAUCAACAAGUAGAAUUUUAAUAUAUUUCAAGAAAUAAUUUAUAUAAAUAAUUUAUUAAAAUUAUAAUAUAUAUCCUCUAGAAAAUUUAAUUUUAUGGAAGACAUGUUGGUUUAGUGCAAUAAUUAUAUUGAUCUUACCAUUUCAUAUUUAACACAAUACCUCAUGUUUAAUAUCCUUAGAUGUUAUAUUUAUAAAUAAAAUGAAAUAUCUCUCUAUUCUUUCGGUUAAAUGUGCUUGUCAUUCUAUGUUUUCAACGGUAGGUACCAUAAAGUACCCUCGUAUGUUAAAAUACCUAUUUAACUACAUACACUUGAAAACAAUGUAAAUAAGUUGAAUCCUGUUAAAUUUAUUACAUUCUAUUUUACUAUGAUAAGUGUUAUUAGUAAUUAUGUAUAAACCUUUAAAUCGUAAUCGACGUGUUCCUCUUGAGAAGAGAGUAUUAAUGUAACGAUGUAUCUAUGUAGAAAUUGCUUCAUGUUGAGAGUUAAUAAUAUUAAUGUUUCUCCGAUUCAUUUUAUUCCUCAGACUCCUUCUUGUGAGGAACGAAGGCCUAUGUGUGCUUUGAUUAUUUAACAUGACAUUUGUUUUCAAAGGUUUCAGUCGUAGAUAAGUCCUUCUUAUUGUUUUCGAUUACAAUGUUAAGAAUUAUUAUUUAAUUAUUAUUUAUUUAGUUGAAACUAGUUCCAAAUAAAUAGUGUUAAGGAAAAUGUAUUAUACAAAUAUAUUACAUAUUGAAUGAAUUAUUUAUCGAAGUAGAGUUUGUAAAAACAAUUUUUAAUAUAUUACUGCUACAAAAAUUUAUAUCAUCAGCAUUAAUAUAAUCAAAAACGUUUUCAUUGUACCACUACACCUUUAUAUUUAAAAUUAUAAUGUAUCUAUUUAUUUAAUGUUGUAAUGACUGUUAAAUUAUUUUUGUGAUUUUUCUUAGAAAAUGUUUUUAAGAAAAUACGUACGUAUUGCAUGUAAAAAGCUCGCUUCUUUUAUUUCAUAAAUACAUUGUUCUAUUUUCAUUUAUAUUUCAUUAUAGUUGGUUAAUGAUAGAUAAAUAAACCGUAACUAUUUAUGAAACAUUAAUUAUAAAUUAUUCUAUUGAAAAUAUACCUGAUUAGCUAAAGCUUGACUGUUGUUGAUCUCAAUUUUGUGUUAUUGUGUAUAUAAUGUAAUCACAUGUUAAAAAUUACGAUCACGUAUUAUAUUACAUAGGAGUAGGAAUGAAGUCGGGCUUUAAGUAUGUAGAAGAGCACCAACACGAAAUAUGUAGACAUGUGGUUCGAGUUCUGUAUUUACCAAUAAAUAUAGUUAUGUUAAUAAAACAUAGUUUGUACUUCUAGCAUUUGCAAUGACUAUCCUGAAAAUACUCGUACUAAGUAGAACUUACUUAGUACAAAAUUAGACAGUCGCUUGUUGGAGCCUACCUUAUUUAGCUUUCAAAUGUAAUGUAUCCACAUGUUACACAUGAACAAUACUUUUUAUCAGUGAAAAGUUAUAUUUCGCUUCCUUUGAAUAAAAUUUUAUUCAAAAUUAAUAUUACCAAGAGUAGUACAUUUUAUCACAUUUUAUUGAGCUGAACACAGAAUUUACGAAUUGUUGAUAGCUUAUUUUUAAUAAAAAAAAAACGAUAUGCAUUUAUCGAUAUUAUGAUCACCGCCACAAAAACGUGCGCGAUAAAUUAUUUUUUUCUUUAAUACAUAAAUGCUACAUGCGUGUUUGGGAAUGUGGGAAGUUAUGGCAUAAUUGGUUUUGUGACUGCAUCUCAUUAUAAAAUAUAAAUACUGAGUACAUCGAAAUAAUACAAGGGUUUUGUCACAUACUGUUAAUACAUACAUUUUCUAUGAUGGAAUAAGAAUAAUAUAUAUUCAAAAAUAAUAUACUAAGCUCAAUCAAAUUAACAGUUUGUAGUUCAAUUUAAAAGGCUAAAUUUGAAUCUUCUUCUACCUAAACCAUGCUUCAAUUUUACUCUUAAAAUUCCCUAUUUAGUAUUAUUUCAAGUGUUAAAUAUGUGACUGCGAUUGUUAACAUUCUAAAUAUCAUGAAGGAUCAUAAUAGAUAAGAAUCAUACAACAAAAUUAAAUUAAACAUAGUUUAUUAAUCAAAAUAAGGUAUCAUUUAAAAAUAUCACUAUAAAGGUAUGUAGAUUUGACAAUAUGUAACAAUUUAAAGUGUCUAUAAUACAAUAAUAGCAUAGAA